GAGGAUUUCUAUAAAUACCAAUACAAAAUGUAUUUACUCUCACAACUCACCAAAACCCUUAAAACAAUCACAAUGAAGAAACCUUCGGUAGUCUCAUUUCUCAUUACUCUCUUGUUGGCUGCAGCUGUCUGCAUUCAAGGAAGCGAGCCGGUGAAGGACACCGCCGGAAAUUCACUUCAGCCGGGUAAACAAUACUUCAUCCAGCCGGUUCAAACGGGGAGAUACGAAGGAGGUGGUCUUGUCCCAUCCGGCAUUGCAACAUUUCCGACCUUUUGUCCACUUGGCAUCACCGAAACACGCCGUCGAUUCGAACCGGGCCUUCCGGUUAGCUUUGCUUCACCACUUGGCGUGGUAGAAUUUGUUACGACAUCUUCCAUUGUAAAUAUCGAGUUCCACUCCGACGACUGGCCGGUGUGCAAGGAGUAUUCCAAGUUAUGGAAAGUGGAUGAUUCCUCAUCGGUUCCCAAUAUGCAAGCAAUUACCAUAGGUGGUACACAGCUGGCACAAAACAGCCAGUUUAAGAUUGAGAAAGCAGGAACAGAAGCAAACACUUACAAGUUCACCAGCGUUACCGGAGCAGGAACGGUUGGAUUCACCCCACAGGGGUUUUUACAAGCCCCACAAAUAGUUCUUACCAAUGAUAAUGCUAAGACCUUAGUCGUCAAAUUCAAAAAGGUUGAUGAUGCUACUACGGCUUCUACUUCUACUUCUCGCAUUGACAAGUUAGCCGCCCUCAGGAUGUUCCCUUUCUACUAGUGAACCAGUCAAAAUCAUGUAAUGUAAAACCCCGAGACUCUUCAUGACCAUGGCCAAAUAUAAUGGAUUGAGAUAAUACUAGCA